AUGGACGCAACACCACCUCGCUUGAGUCCUCUCAAGCGAAUGAAAAAAGCCUUGACCAUCAAACAGCGAAAAGAGCCAACUUCGACUGACGAUAAUUCUUCUUCUUACGAUACAGAUGCGCCGCAGUUGAAUUUACCGCGUGUCGAGACGAGGCUGGAAAUGAAUCAGACGGGGGGAUUGUUUGACUCGCUGACGGCAGAUCGGAGGGUUGUUUCGAAUCCAGCUUCUCCACCUGAGGGUAUGUCUUGUGCCAGAUCGCAGAAGGAUUUCGCUGACGAUGCAGACGGUGUCAACGGUGUCAAUGGUGUCAACGGCGCCAACGGAGCGAAGGGAAUCUCGUCGAAAAGUUCGAAUAAUGAUCUCUCCUCGGAAUGGACGUCAGCGGUCGGUCAUGCGAGUACCGGAAAGUCGGGCAGGGUGAUUCACAAUUUACAAGAAGAGAUUGCUCGCUUGACGAGAGAGCUCAGUCUCUACCGAUCGCGAGCAGAAGAGGCACAACACAUCAACGAAACACUAAAAGAGCAAAUUAUCAAUAUCAGCGAGCGCUUACGAAAUUCCGAACAGUCCAACGAAACGAAUCUUGCUUCUAUUGCACGAAAAGACCGAAAGAUUGAAGACUUGAAAGCAGAAGUCCAAAACGAGAAAGCGAGAAGGCUCAGAGCAGAGGCAGAGACGGCCAAGGUCAAUCAACUCAUGUCCGAAGGGCAGGAUGAGUUUCAUCGUAAAUGUGCUGAGCUACAAGAGACGUCGAAUUAUAGCACGUCCCAGUACGAUGCAUUGUCCAAGGCGUCACUGCGGGAAAAGUCCGAUAUGCAGAGGAAAUUCAAAGGAAUACGAGACGAACUCGCGUCCCUUCGAGAUCAGGCGGAGCUCAAGGAUAGGGAGCAAGAACGCUUAGAUGCACUGAUAGAUCGACAGAACCAAGAACUGGAGACGGAGAGACGUCGCAUACAGGAGAUUUUCACUGUAUAUGACACUUAUAAAACGACACGGGAUCGCGAGUUUGAGGAUCUGGUGACCAAGGGCCGUCAAAAUCAGGCCAAUGUCGACGCAGCUGUUGCGUCGCUCAAGGAGACCGAGGAUAAAAUGAAGUGGGUGAUGCAUGUCAAGAAGGAUAUCGAGUGGGCUGAAUAG